UGUCUCUGCAAGUUUUCAACUCCUCUACCGCUGUCUUAAAGUGCGAAUUACUAUCUCUGUUAAAAAUGAAUACGUGAUUAUUCGCAUUCAUUUUUUCAUAAUAGGUCUGACUGUUUCCUACUUAAAUGGAAACAGUCGUGAUACUUCAGUUUUUUUUUACUUCUUAAUCGUUGAAAGAUAAAGUGCUGAAGGAAAAAGUAUGAAGUUUGCAGAACAUUUAGCUGCUCAUAUCACUCCCGAGUGGAGAAAACAGUAUAUUCAGUAUGAGGAAAUGAAGUCCAUGUUAUACUCGGGAGUGGAAAGGGCUCCUUCCCCUGAAGUUGUUGACCUAAGUGACAUUGCUCGAUUUUAUGCAAAUUUUGAUGAAGAUUUUUUUCAUCACUGUGAAAAGGAGCUUAGAAAAAUUAACACAUUUUUUUCUGAAAAAAUUGCUGAAGCCUCAAGAAAGUCGAGCAACCUUAAAAGUGAGCUUCAUAAUGCUAUUUCAAGUGAGGAAGGAGUUCGUUCCGGAUCUAGCAAAAAAUUUGCUGUUAAAAAGGCUCUAAAUCGGCAAGUGAAACGGAAUGUUCAGUAUAGGAAAAUGCAUGAAUUAAGAUUAGCAUUUAGUGAAUUCUAUCUCAGUUUAAUCCUUCUGCAAAAUUACCAAAAUUUGAACUUUACUGGCUUUCGCAAGAUUCUUAAGAAACAUGAUAAGUUAUUAGGCACUGAUGCUGGAGCCAAAUGGAGGCAACAAUGGGUUGAUGUUGCUCCCUUCUAUGUUAAUAAAGAUAUUGAUAAAUUAAUCCAUGACACUGAGAAUAUAGUUACUAGAUACUUAGAAGGUGGUGAUCGUCAAAAGGCUAUGAAAAGAUUGCGAGUUCCUCCUCUUAAUGACCAGCAAUCUCCAUGGGUAACAUUCAAAGUUGGUCUAUUUUCUGGUGCCUUUGCUGUUCUAGUCUGUGCUGUUAUAAUAUCUGCUAUUUUCACCAAUGCUCCUGAUAAUUGGCGCAUUGCUGUCCGUUUGUAUCGAGGAAGCUUACUGAUAAUCUUGUUCCUUUUCCUGAUUGGAGUGAAUGUGUAUGGUUGGCGUACUUCUGGAGUAAAUCAUGUAUUAAUAUUCGAAUUAGAUCCUCGUAAUCAUCUCUCAGAACAACAUUUGAUGGAGAUAGCUGCCAUCUUCAGUGUGAUGUGGGCCCUGAGUGUCCUUGCUUUCCUCUUCAGUGAUGCCCUCUCCAUUCCUGCAUAUGCAAAUCCUUUACUUUUAGUUGUUCUCCUCUUUGCAUUCCUUUUCAAUCCAACCCGCACCUUGCAACAUCAUGCAAGAUUCUGGCUUUUGAGAGUACUGGGAAGAAUAAUAGCUGCUCCAUUUUUUCAUGUUGGAUUUGCUGAUUUCUGGCUGGCUGAUCAACUUAAUAGCCUUGUUCCUGUCUUAGUUGAUUUCCAGUAUUUUAUUUGUUUCUAUGUGACAAGUGUGAAUUGGGAAGUUAAUACAGAUUCUAAUAAGUGUGUUGAUGAUGUGGGAUUGAUUUCAAGACCUAUUGUGGCUUGCCUACCUGCAUGGUUUCGUUUUGCACAAUGUCUGAGACGUUACAGAGACACCAAAGAAGCCUUUCCUCAUCUUGUGAAUGCAGGAAAAUACUCUACAACAUUUUUUAAUGUCAUAUUCUCAUCACUGUAUGUUUAUACCAAAGAUAAUUAUGGUUCUACAUGGGAAAAUCCUUUCUUUUAUUUGUGGAUUGUAUUUGGUUUUAUUAGUUCCAUUUACACGUACAUCUGGGACAUCAAGAUGGAUUGGGGUUUAUUUGAUGAAAAUACUGGUGAGAAUCGAUUUUUAAGAGAAGAGAUAGUUUAUUCAUCUCCAAAUUAUUAUUACUUUGCUAUUGUGGAAGAUUUAGUAUUAAGAUUUGGUUGGACAUUAUCGGUUUCAUUGACCGAAAUGGGCCUCAUUCAUGCAGAUAUCAUGUCUUCCGUGCUUGCACCACUCGAAGUUAUCAGGAGAUUCGUCUGGAAUUUUUUUCGUCUUGAGAAUGAGCACCUCAACAACUGUGGUAAAUUCCGAGCUGUUCGAGAUAUUUCUGUGGCUCCCUUAGAUUCUAGUGACCAAACUCUCCUUUUAUGUAUGAUGGAUGAACCAGAUGGUGUCAUCAAUCGAAGAAAGAAGGAGCGUAAAUAUCCAAAUCGUAGGAAAAAGUCUGAUACCAGAAUCCUGUUGGAUGAUAAUGAGACAGAUGAUCCUGACAUAUAAGUGCUGCAUAUUAAAAGUGAAGAAAUAUUUACACCGAAAAAGAAUAUUUUUUGUUGAUGUGAAAGCCCAUGUUGUAGUUCAUUGGCUGUGGUUUGAUAGACCUUGUACUAUGUACAAAAUUCAUUUUUAUUGUACAAUGAAUGCCAAUGAAUCUAUAGAUUACAGCCAAUUUAGUGAGCAUGUAGUAGUCACUAGGAAUUAAAAAGUAAUUUUAUUUCUGGGAUGUAGUUAAAAUUUGCUAGUUGAUUCAAAAUUUUCAUUACAUGUUUUAGUAGAAUUUGUAAACAUUUUGUAUAACAUUUGUAACAUAUGGUCCAUAUAGAAUUAUAUUCCUUGUGCUGCAAAAUGUUUAUAUUUUUAUAAUGGUUAAAAAAGUAUAAUUUCUCUUUUGAAGCCAUCAAAAAUUAUAAUUAUGAUGAUUUUUUUAGUUCAAAAAUUGUUUAAAAGCAAUUUUUACUUUGAAUAAUGAAAGUGAUCAAAUUUAAUAUAAUGCAUAUACUGUUAUGUUUAAAUCUGAAAUGUGAAAAUUUUCAGAGAUAG